CCUCUAAAAAUUGGGAUUAGGGUUUGCCACACUAUAUCACUAUACAAGAUUGCAAGUGUGAUCCUCAAGAAUAUAUCUUGUCUUCAAACUCAGUAAUCUUUAAGCAUAUACAAAGCUCCACCUCUCUAAUACAUUGUGCUUUAUUUUCAAGUCGCAAACACGUCCAAAUGACUAUUUCCAAAUCAAGAAUGCGAGAGAUUCGUGUUUAUAUCGCUGUUAGUGUGGUUGCUUUCGCUAUAUGCAUUUUGGUUGCAGCAUCUGCAUUUUACGUGAUCGUAUGUAGGAAGAGGAAGAAUAAGACGAAAGAUUUUUCAUCAUGCAACAAAAGUGUCAAUCAAGAGCUUCAACAGUUGAACUUAAGUGUGAGAACCGCGAGCGAAAAGAAAGUUUCUUUCGAGUCCCAGAUAGAAUCUUUAGAUGGUCAUGUACUCCCCACCACGCCUGGCAAGCCAGCUCCAGGGGUGGUGGAGAGUUACACGGUGGAGGAGCUCAGCUUAGCAACUGCUGAGUUUUCCUCCGCCAACCUUAUUGAGGGAUCUGUGUAUCAUGGCCGUCUCAAAGGAAAAGAUGUGGCGGUCAAGUUCACAGAUCACGACACAAUCUCUAAGAUCAAGUUCGAGCUCCUCCAAGGCCUCACCCGCUUUCAUCCAAAUAUAAUCAGACUAUUGGGUGUUUGUGCGAGUACAGAUAGCCAUGGAUCAAUCACAACAGCCCGUGAUGAAUUCUUAGUUUUUGAGUACGCGAAAAAUGGUUCUUUAAAAGAUUGGAUUCAUGGUGGUUUAGCAAUGAAAAGCCAAUUCAUUGCCUCGUGUUCUUGUUUCUUGACAUGGAAUCAAAGGCUAAAGAUUUGUUUGGAUGUAGCCACUGCCUUGCAAUACAUGCAUCAAAUAAUUAACCCAAGUUACACUCAUAGAAACAUCAAGAGUCGGAAUAUUUUCCUAGAUGAAGAGUUCCAUGCCAAAGUUGGUAACUUUGGCAUGGACGCGUGUAUAAGGGAUGAAAGUCAUCCCAACAUAGUACCUUGUUCUGGAAAUUUAAUUUCCAGUUAUCCCAUCAUGUGGGAUAAAGGGUACAUAGCACCUGAAGAGUCAAGUUCAGGUGCUGUAACUCCCAGCACAGAUAUUUAUGCUUACGGGGUUGUUUUGCUCGAAAUAUUAUCGGGAAAGCUACCAAUUGGGCGAGUUGAGUCAGUGAAUAACGAUGUUGAAUCCCGUUUAUCUAAUGAAAUAAAGGUUAUAUUUGAAGUGGGUAAUGUUGAAGAUAAGCUAAGAGAAUGGAUGGAUACUGCAUUGGGGGAGAACUAUUCGUUUGACGUCGCGAUGGUGUUGGCGAGCCUUGCUAGAGAGUGCGUAGAGGAUGACCCGUUGAAGCGGCCGAAUGCCGGAGAAGUGGUGCUGAAGUUGUCGGAAUUGGUGGUGGAAAAGGAGGAGCAGGUUAUCGACCGGGAAAGUUCUUGUAGACCUCUAGUAGCCCAGCCAUCGUUUCCAAUAUUGUAAAUGAUUUUUAGUUAUUUCGUUUGUGAGUUGUGACAUUUAGUGGCUUGUAGCAUAAAUUAAUGUUAUAGAAUGGUUAGCUUGUUUUAAUUGAUUGGUUCGAGUUAUGUUGUAAGAUACUAAUAUAAUAAAAAUUCUUAAUGA